AUGGCCGUGGAAAAUAACGCUAACGGAGGAAACCGAACGCUCUUUCGGUUUCGAUAUUUGAUGGCCGUUAUGGGCUCAAUUGGCCUCGCUAUCCUUUAUGGCUUUAAAGUCAAUGCCAGCGUGGCUAUCGUCGCUAUGGUGAACCAUACAGCUGUUAAAUCAUACACCAAAUUAUCUUCGUCGAACGAUUCAGAAACUAACAAUACCACGCUAACGAGCACGAACAUUUGCCAGUUUGAUGAUGCCUCAAACACCACGACGAUCAAAGGCGAGGACGGUCCGUUUGUAUGGAACGAACUUAUUCAGGGUCUUAUUCUGUCUUCCUAUUUCUGGGGCUACACGGUAUCCAUGUUACCGGGUGGAAGAUUGGCGGAACUCUGGUCAGCUAAGUGGCUGAUGAACGUAUCGGUCCUGUUGAAUGUCGCCGCGUCCAUCCUGACGCCCGUCGCCGCGCGCAUUCACUACUGGCUCUUCAUAGCUAUGAGAUUUCUUCAAGGAAUCGGUGGUGGUGUAUCGUUCCCCGCUAUGCACGUGAUGAUCGCAAAGUGGGCGCCGCCGAAUGAAAGAAGCGUCAUCGCCUCGAUCGUGUAUGCAGGGACAGCACUCGGCACCGUGAUUUCCAUCUUACUGACCGGAUUGCUGGCUGCGAAUUUAGGAUGGGAGUCCAUCUUCUACGUUGAAGGCGCGCUUUGCCUAAUUUGGUGCACUCUUUGGUGGCUGACGAUAGCAGAUUCCCCGGAAGAACAGACGAGAUUCAUCACUCAAGAGGAAAAGAGCUAUAUCAUCACGUCUUUGGGAGGACACAAAAAGAAUAUUCCCAAACGGGUUCCAUGGCUGCAAGUAUUUCGUUCCAAACCGUUCAUGGCGAUCCUGAUCGCCCAUUUCUGCAGCAAUUUCGGCUGGUACAUGCUGCUCAUCGAACUGCCCACCUUUAUGAAUCAGAUUCUGAAGUUUGAUAUGAGCUCGAAUGCAGGUUUGUCAUCCAUCCCGUUUUUGGGCAUGUGGCUCUUCACCAUGAUUCUCAGCAAAUUAUUAGCCAUCCUGCAGGAGAAACGUCUAAUCACAGUAACAAUAUCUAGAAAAAUCGGCACUCUCUUUGCGUCGUUCGUACCCAUGGUAUGCUUAAUACAGGUGUCGUACGUCGGGUGCGACCGCAUGAAAGCAGUCGUGUUGAUGACGAUCGCGGUGACUUGUAUCGGCGGAAUGUAUUGUGGUUUCCUGGCAAACCACAUAGACAUCGCACCGAACUUUGCCGGUAGCUUGGUAGCGAUGACAAACUUCGUCGCCACCAUACCCGGCUUUGUCGUGCCGAUAUUCGUGGGACAAUUGACUCACGGAAACCAAACCAUAGAGGCGUGGAGGAUUAUAUUCCUCGUAACGAUCAUUCUAUAUGUAAUUGAGAUAUUGGUUUACACUAUCUUUGGGAGCGGCAACGAACAACCAUGGAAUCAGAUUGAAGGAUCACCUGACGAGGAAGCGAACGACCAGACGCUACCUUUAAGAAGUAAUAAUACAAAAUAGAAAAUUAUAUCAUGGCUUAAUUUAUGAUUAAUUAUUCAUGUUUCAUGAUAAUUUUGUAUGUAUGUUAUAUUCUGCGUAUUUUUACCACGAUAGGGUAAGUUCAUUAAUAUUUUACAGUUUUCCAUAUAGUUACAUAAGAUUAUAAAAA